AUGACGAAGUCAAGCGCAGGGCGUAGUCGUUCAAAUUUUUACGCACGGCACAAACGUAUUCUUCUGAUUGGAGUGAUUUCAAUCUUAUUGAUUGUACUUUUUAUGACAAUCACUGACCUGAUGUUUUCGAUAAUGUCAGAGUACGACGUUCGUAAUAAUUCAGCUCGCAUUCAACCGGAAACACGCGUGAAGCGAGUGAUCGGGCUAAACUCUCCUCUCAGCAGAAGAUCAUUAUUGAAAUCUCGGGUUGGAAAAGUGUUCGAUGGAGACUUAUCUUUUAACGAUCAGACGAAGCUUACAAACCAGAUAACACAAGUUGCAAAAGAUGACUCAUUUCUAACAACAAAUAGAAGAGACGCUGACACGCGUUUCAAGCGGGAGGUAUCUCGCAGAAGAAGAGAUUGCACUAUGAACGCUCAACAUUGUGAGCUGUUGUUACAGACAGUGCGAGGCCAUCUUGUGAAUCUCAGUAAAGAGUUUUCAACGACAAACGACACGAAAUCAUUGCCCAGGGAUAUUUUGAAAUGUCUCAGGUGCAAAGAAAUGCAAAUCAACACCACAAAUAAGAACGACGAAGAUUAUUUGAAAGAUCAAUAUUUUCCGCAUGAUUAUGCCAAGCAAAAUCGCUCGAGUGAUUUUGACAUCGCCAUCAUCAAGUUGCUGGAAGACAUGGAGAAAAUGGCUCAAAAUAGUUCAAAGCUGCCGGAAACGAAAUCAGCUAUAUAUGACCCAUUACGAAAUGCCACGAGUCAGUCAUUGAAGAAGACCAACAUAUCGGGAACUGUGUCAAUUAAUCACACAGAUGCCAAUGGAAACCAACGGAUAUAUGUAAAUAACACUGACGGUAACGAUUCAGACGUCAAAUGGUCCGACAGUAAUUCGACUGUAAACGACUCGCGUGUGAUAAAAAGCCAAAACAACGAGGGCAUUCCAGUAGUGUCGAAAAACGGUCAACAGCAAAGUACAACCGCAAGCGAGAGUGUCACGAGCGUGAAUCCGUUGUCCAUGACGGAAUCGAGCGGUACAGGAACGCAGCACGGCAUUGUUACAGGAGACGAUGAAAAAUCCAGGAAAACCACGAUUAGAGCUGAUUCUACGGAAACUAGAAUGUACGGAGUAGAGAUCCCCACAACGUGGACCAUGCCGCAUCCAGUCUGUUUCUUUAGCUAUCCUGGCCAAUCUUCCAGCAUGUCAUUAUCUCCAGAAUCGACAUUUUACCCAAAUCCCUUUUCGAUGCAGAAUCACGGAUUUUCGUUUCAAAACCCGCUUCACCAAGAUUCCUCGCCAAAUUAUAUGCAGAUACAAAGUAAUACGCCUAUGCAAUUUAUACCAAGAUUGAACGACGCGGACAGUCUACCUCAAUCGAUCGGUCAAGGCAUCGGUCCACUGAGACCUGCCAUGCCGAACGCACCAAUUUUCUCGUUGAAUCAGCAAUCAACCGCAAUGUCCCAGCAGCCAACUCCAAACAUGCCGUAUUUCUGCGGUUAUAUGUCACUAUCGACCGUUCAUUUUCCACCGACAUCUAGCAUCUCGCAAUCCGAUCGUUCUGUCGGCGAAACCAAAGACUUCUCAAAAGAAUCACGAAAGUUGUCUCAUGAAGUAAAUGCUGUCACGCAGCAAAAGUCACUAUACUCCACACUCAACAAAUGUCCUAUAAAUUAUCAUCAGUGCGAUAAUCGUUAUUGCAUCCCGAGGAAGAAAUGGUGCGACGGCCGUGUCGAUUGUGCCGAUGCCAGCGACGAAACGAGAUGCUCUUGCAGAGAUCGGAUAUCACGAAAUCGACUAUGCGACGGUUAUUUCGAUUGUCCACAUGGAGAGGACGAGCUCGGUUGUUUUGGCUGCCCAAUGGAAUCUUUCAAUUGCGACAACUGGGACAAGCAUUAUAACAGCGAUAAUUGCGUAUUACUUUCUCAACGUUGCGACGGGAUAAAACACUGUCCUAAUGGAAAGGAUGAGCUCGACUGCAACAUACUUCUAGAAAAUAUAGGUUCAAGCGAUAGCUUUGCGGUUGGUUAUACUCAAGGAUACUUGCACAGGAACGUACGAGGGCAAUGGCAUCCUGUUUGUUCAAAGACGUUAUCUUGGGCAGCGGAUGCUUGCGAAUCGGAAAUUGGUUGGCCGCUAACAACAAUGCCAGAGAUGCAAACUGUUCGUCUGUCUGAAGUCUUUCAAAAUCUUUACGUGACAGAAUCUCACAAUAAUGAGAUAAAAAUGACGUCGUGCCCGGGCACAGCAGUGUUUGUCAAAUGUCCGCCGUUACCUUGUGGCAGCAAAGCCUACUCACGUCAAAACUUCUCCCCUGCCUUCAAUGUGGCGAAGAAUAAUUACAAAUCUAGAAAACACAUGGAAGAACAAUCAGAAAUUGCGAAAUUUAACCAGCUGUACCAAGAGACACUGGGAUUGCUGGAACCGAAUCAGUUCAUGUCAGAGAAGAGGAUGCGAGAGCAGAAUGAUACCCUCGUCGGAUCGCAAUCGCGAGUAGUCGGCGGCCAAGCAAGUCAACCUAAAGCUUGGCCUUUCCUAGUGGCUAUCUAUAAGGACGGUUCUUUCCAUUGCGGUGGUGUCAUCUUAAGUGAAGUUUAUAUACUCACCGCAGGCCAUUGCAUGAAUGGAUACGAAGGACAUUAUUACGAAAUACAAUCCGGCACACUCAGGCGGUUAUCAUAUUCACCAAUGGCGCAAAGGAGAAAAGUGAAAUACAUAAUGAUUCAUCCAAAUUACAUGAAAGAAGAAAUGCAAAACGACGUUGCAGUGAUCAUGUUGGACAAAUCUCUUGUUUUCAAUCGAUGGGUCCGCCAGGUUUGCUUACCACCGUCAAACGCUGCGGGUUCUAAAUGGAAAGCAGAUCCAUCGCCGCAAUCCAUGUGUACUGCUAUUGGAUGGGGAUCUAUGAAAGAAGAUGGACCAGAUUCGGAUCAUUUACGAGAAGUAGAAGUGCCAAUUUUAUCAACGUGUAAACAUUCAUCUGAUCGGAAUAACGCUACAAUCUGCGCGGGAUAUCCUGCGGGUGGCCGCGAUGCCUGUCAGGGCGAUAGUGGCGGUCCCUUAAUGUGCAGGUAACAAUUAAUGAAGACAAAUUUUGAAUCACAGUGGUACGCGGUGGGUCUAAUCAGUCAUGGUGAGGGAUGCGCACGUCCGAAUGAACCUGGUGUUUAUAUGAAAGUGAGUUAUUACGUAGAUUGGAUUCUGCAAACGUUUAAAAUUUUAGAAAAUCGAAUGGCAUCUCUUUAUGGGAAUAAACCCUCCGAUUCGUGUCCAGGAUUUAGCUGUCAUUCGAACAUAGAAAAAUGCUUGCCGAUAAAGAAUCAUUGCGACGGAAUUGUAAAUUGUUUAGACGCAGAAGAUGAAAUCGGAUGCCAAAUUUUGAAAUUGAAUUAUGCAAGACACGAGAAUUUCAAUAAUACAUUUGAAAAACCGCAAGAUCAGGAAAUAUCUGGGAAUACCACAGAAAAAAAUAAAGUGGACACGGAAGCAAUUCCAGUUUCAACUUCUUCCUAUUUCUUCUAUCAGACAGAAAUACAGACAUACAAUAAUGAAAAAACAAAUAUUGUGGAUACCUACGCGACAACGCCUAAAACAACGACGUCGAACGUUAGAUCAACAUUUACCUGCACAAAUCUAAUCCAAACUAUAAAAAUCAAUAAAAGAUGCGAUAAACACUUAGACUGUGAGGACGGAACUGAUGAAGAAGACUGUACAUGCAGAGAUUAUCUGUUGAAUUUCCACCCUACGGCAAUUUGCGAUGGACAUCUGGAUUGCGAUGAUGAAACGGACGAAAAAUAUUGUGGUAUGUGCAAGAAUAAUGAGUUUCGCUGCAGUAGGAGUGGAGAUUGCAUCCCGAUGACGGAAAGGUGUGACGGAAAUUUCGAUUGCUCUUUAAGGGAGGACGAGCUUGACUGCAUUGCAUUGACAAACGGGGAAUACAUUAAUGUGGAUAGCGAUAAUUGGUCCGCUUUAAACACGGAAGGGUUACUUAGUAGAUAUUAUAACGAAACAUGGCAUGUAGAAUGCCCUCAGACAGAUAUACUAGAGAAUAACACAAAAACGUCGAUAAUAGGAGAGAACUUGUGCAGAUAUCUCGGAUUUACGGGUUUGCAAUCAUUGGAUAAGGUUGUUGUGAACAAAACGAUACUAGAAACAAAGUUCUCACGAAAGUGGGACAACACGACGAGUUACAAAUCUUUACCUCAGGACGUCGCAGAGAGUGAGGGAAGCGAGACGUGUACAACAUUACGGUUUCGCUGUAAACCGGUUUUAAGCAGCAGCGCCGAUUCGCAUGUGGUCAUCGAUCCGAGAAACGGAAAUUAUACCUACCUGUGGCCGUGGCUGGCAGCCAUAUUUGUCGACGGUCGUUAUCACUGCUCGGCCAUACUCUUGGAGUCAGACUGGCUCUUGUCCAGUUCGAGUUGCAUGGAAACUAUCAGAUUAUCAGUGAAUUAUACGACGGCUCUGCUCGGCCAAAGUCGCUCGUUUCUUUACGUGGACGGACCUCAUCAACAGAUAUCGGUCGUUGACGAAAUCAGGGAUGUGAAAAGAACAAAUGUCUCGUUGCUUCACUUGAAAACUGCAGUAAAUCAUACACGUUACGUGCAACCGCUGUUUUUAGAGAAGAAAAUAUAUCCACCGGCAAAAGAUGAUUUAUGUGUAGCAAUCGGUACAGACAACGAACGUGUGACACGAUCGGUCUUUCUUCAACCAGUCCUCCAAAAUUGCGACAAGUGCUAUCGUUGUUUCGUCGAAGCUUCAGGCACCGAAUGUCUGAACAAUGGAACUUCUUCGAAUUGGAGCGGCACAGUGUUUUGUCGCAGCAAGAAAGGAUGGUAUCUCGUGGCUGCGUUUCAAGAAAAAGACGGUCCGUGCAGCUUCAGAAGCACGCGGAACUUGAUAAGCAUUGAUUACAUCCAUGCUUAUCUUACGCAAGCUUUGGAGGAAGUGUUGGAAUCAACGCCUGAAGCCGCAUGUGACGGUGUUCGAUGCAACCUUGGACAAUGCAUCUCUUGGAAUCAGGUAUGCGACGGUGUGAUGGAUUGCCGAGACGGUGCGGAUGAGAAGAAUGGGAUGUGUUUACAAAUGCAACAAAUUAGAAGAAGAAACGAGACCAACAAUAAAUGCGCAAAGUCAGAAAUACGAUGCAGAAAUGGUGAAUGUAUCUCAAAGAGUGCAUUUUGCGAUGGAAAAGUGGAUUGCUCGAACGGAGCGGAUGAGCCUGUAAUAUGUAGCUGCGCAGAAUAUUUAAAAUUAACUACGCCAGAACGAUUGUGUGACGGGGUACGACAUUGUCUCGAUAAAACGGAUGAAUCGCCAGAAGAAUGUCAAUGCACCAAUGCCAAUUUCAAAUGCAACAGAGAGAGCGGAAAUUUUACUUGCAUCUCGCAAGAUUUCGUGUGCGAUGGCGACAAUGAUUGUCCGAAUGGUGAAGACGAAACGGAUUGCACAAGGAUACAACAACUCACAGAUGAUAGAUCUGCUGCAGGCAAAGUAAUGCAACGUUCCUACGGCGUAUGGCACACUCUAUGUUAUCCGUCAGAAGUGACGUCACAGGAGGAGGCAGUAAACGUGUGUAAAAACAGCGGUUACAUGAAUGGAAUUAUCGAUUACAAGUAUCAAUCGCUUAAUCAGGCUGUUGUUCCAUCUCGCGAUGAUUUUUAUAUGAUACGAUUAAAUUCGGACACGUGGAUAACCAUGCGUGAUGAUAAACCGCUUAUAACUUUGGUCCGGCCAGAGAAACCCUGCUAUCGUCUCUUUAUCAAGUGCAGCAAUUAG